AUGGCAAAGAACACAAAAAAAGGCAAGAACGGAGCAAAGGAGAGCACGAAACCAGAAAAGAAAAACAAGGUCCUUGAUACCUCUGAAAUUGACGAUAUCUUUAAUACAAAAAAGAUUACUUCCACAACUUCUUCUACCACAACAGAGCAAGCUGCAAAGAAAAGAAAAGCAGAUAAUGAUAUUUUGUCUAGACCUAAAAAAAUAACCAAAGAAGCAAAGACAGAAGAAGAAGAACAGGAUAAUAAGAAAGUAGAGGAAGUUGUAUUUGCAGAAUUGGCAGCUGUAAAAAGUGAGAAAAAGACGCAAAAGAAGCCAGUGGUUCCGCCGUCGGAUGAUGAUUUUGGGGAUUCAAGAGGCUUGAAGAAACCAAGUAAUAAAGGCUUUGACGUAUACUUUACAAAUCUAUUAAUUAUUUUUGUAUUAGCACGUACAACUGAGGAAGGAUACCCUCUCUAUGACAUUAAAGACUUGAAUAUUGGCUUAGGCAAAGAUACACCCGAAUGCCCAUUUGAUUGUCAAUGCUGCUUUUAA